UGCUUUACGGCAAACACCUGAUCAGACCGGAAGCGGAAGAGAGAGGAAAGUGCGCACCAGAAAAGCGGAGUCGCGCGGAGUGAUCGAUACGAUCAAUAACAGAUAUCAGAAACAGACCUGAUCAGAGCAGGGAGAUGAGCCGCGCAGGCGCAGAACUCAGGAUCAUGUUCAGCCCGGGGCGCGUGCAGCUGGUUCAGGAGGAGGUGGUGGUCCCGGGUCUGAGGGUCCUGGUUACUGGGGCGACAGGUCUUCUGGGUCGAGCGGUUUGCAGAGAGUUUCAGAACAACGGCUGGUUGGUUAUCGGAACAGGAUACAAGAGAGCCAGGCCCCGCCUCCUCCGCUGUGACCUCACUGAUGAGGACGCUGUCAGAGGAUUACUGCACGAGUACAAGCCCGACGUGAUCGUCCACUGUGCAGCUGAGAGACGUCCAGAUGUUGUAGAGAGACACACUGAAGCAGCUGUUAACCUCAACGUGCACGCCACAAGCACGCUCGCCAAGGAGGCAGCUGCGUGCGGAGCGUUCUUCCUCUACAUCAGCACUGACUACGUGUUCGAUGGGAGGAAUCCUCCGUACGGAGAAGACGACAGUCCGAAUCCUCUCAACGUUUAUGGACGGAGCAAACUGGAGGGAGAGAGAGAGACACUGAGACACUGUCCAGGAGCCGUGGUGCUGCGGGUGCCCGUCCUGUUCGGGGAGGUGGAGUCGGUGACGGAGAGCGCCGUCACGUCUCUGUGGCUGAAGGUUCAGGAGGCGACGGAGAGCUGCACCCUGGAUCACUGUCAGCAGAGGUUCCCCACCGACGCCAGGGACGUCGCCGCCGUCUGCAGGAAGCUCUCUGAGAGAGCGAGACAGGACCCGUCUAUCAGAGGGAUCUUCCAUUUCUCAGCGAAGGAGCAGAUGACUAAAUAUGAAAUGGCCGUUGCCAUCGCUCAGGCCUUCAACCUGCCGUCCAACCACCUCAUACCUCUGACGGAGCAGCCCGCGGCCUCGGCUCUUCGUCCAGUCAACAGUCGGCUGAACUGUUCUCGUUUGGAGCUGCUGAACCUGAGCGUUGAGCCGCGACCUUUCACCUCGGCCAUCACCGACUGUCUGUGGCCGUUCACACCUGACAAACGCUGGAGACAGACCGUCUUCCACUGAGAGACAGACAGGUGUGCACAGGUUCCUUCACUGAUGUCUGAUGUUUCUGUGGAAACUGAACCCAGAAGAAAAACUACAGAACAACAACAUAAACACAGUGUAACAGAGUAUAACCUCACUGUGUGUGUCUGCGUGCAGGUGUAGGUGUGUGUCCGUCCUCCUGAAGGUUUUCGUCUCUGUCUUAUCAUGUGGUUUAUAUUUCAUGUUUCAGUUUCAGUGUUCAGGUGUAAAUAUUAAUCUUCAGUCAUUUCAGUGUUUUUUUUUUAUUCUGACCGACAGUUAUUAGAUAAAGCAGGAAGUAGAUUCUGUCUGGAAACUCUACUGUGAUCUACUGUGAUCUACUAUGGUUGGUGUUGGUUUAUCAAACAUUAAACAUGUGAAACACUGA